UUGAACCUUGCCCAUCUGGGCACAGCUUCUCCUCCCCUUCUUAGGUAAAAAAGUUAAAGAUGUCAUGGUUUGAUUCUAGUCUCAGCUUCGCAAAGACAGCUUUCUCACAGGCGCAGAAAUCAAUAGACAAAGUCCUUGACAUCAGUGAGACAGAGCAAGAGGGAGAGAAAGGAGAAGGAGCAGGAGGUGAUAAUUCAACAAUAUCAAAUCCAAAAGAAGCUAAUAGUGACAGUGUCUCUAAAGGAAAGAGUUUCGAUAAUUUCUCAAGUACUUGGGGAGGAACCGACUCGUUUUGGAGUUCAACGGGAUCUCCUUCACCUCAAGGAAAGAGAAGUGGAUCAAGUAGUGGAUCAGUUAGAAAGACACAGUCAUCAACUAAACUAUCGACUGGAGGAGGAGGGGCUAGGAGUAAUAGAAAACAUGCAAGUUCGCCAAAAACCACACCCACUGGUUCUUUGAAGGCCACACCUACUGAUUCAUUAAAAGCCACGCCCAAUAAAGAUGCUGUCUCUCACGGCCAGUCAUCUCAUUUCACUGAAAAACCAGCUUUAACAUCAACACCUAAAACAUGUAGUGCAGUCUUGGAACACUCGAAAAUAAUCUCGGACCCUUCAAAAAUAGUUUCAGACCCUUCAAAGCCUGUUCAAUCAAGUACUGUAUCAGACCCUUUAGGACCGGCUUCAAGUAUGAACUCAACUACAUCAGAUGCUAAUAUUGAUACUACUAAUGAUGUUAAACAUGAAGAAAUGGAAUCAGUAGAAUUGCAAUUUAAUGAUGAAAAGAAACUUGUGGAUAGUAUAUCAAUUACUGAAGAGAAUAAAGAACCAGCUGUACUUGAAAUUCAUAAAGAUGAGGAUCAGGAGAAGAAAGAAGAGACACAACUUAUUGAUGAUACAAGAAAGGAAGCUCCACCCACUUAUAUGAGAGAAGACGAGUCCUUGGAGACUCAGGAAGCAGUAAAUACCCUAAAUCCUAAAGACCCUGUUUCAGAACAAGUUGACUUGGCAACUGAACCUGUCAAACUAGAAAGUGAGUCAGUCAAACUUGUUAAAGAACCAGUGGCUGACCCUGUAGUACUGGAUAGUGUUGUCAACCCUGAAUCAGUUGUAGUAGAGAAUGAAGAAGUAUUUAAACCCGAGACUUGUAGCGAUGAAACAAAGAGAAAUGACAAGACAGUGGAUGAUAAAUCAAAUGAAAGACAAGAUGAUAAUAGUCCAACUAGUGAAGUUAGAGCAUCUCCUGUCAUUGGAACAAGAGAGACAGCAAAGGAUUCUGAUAUGAUUAAGACACUAACUAAAGAAUUAGCACAGACAAAGCACAUACUGGAAGCAAGAGAGACAAAACUGAUGGAAAUGAGUCAAGAAACAAUGUCACUUCAUGAGAAACAACUUGACACUCAAAGAGAGCUACAAGAAGUGAGGAAAGAGUUACAAGCUACUCAAGAGCUAAAGGCACAGCUAGAGGAGCACUCAGAAAGACUGGAGAAGAACAUGGAGACAUUAACAACAGAGAGGAACAGUUUAAAGAAACAAGUGUUGAUAUGGGAAAAAGAACAUACACAACAGAAGAAUGUCAGUGAUGCUAAGAUGAUGGAUGUAUUGAGGGAGAAGGAUGAGCAGAUUGCAGGACUAAUGGAAGAAGGAGAGAAAUUAUCAAAGCAAGAGCUUCAGUUUAACAACACGAUAAAGAAACUAAGAGCAAAAGAGAAACAGAAUGAGCAGCUUAUAAUGGCACAGAAACAGCAGAUUGAAGAUGUUGAGAAUGAAGUCAAACGUCUCAAGGAAAUUAUCAAGAAAAAAGAAGAAAAUGAGAAAAAAUAUCUAGAAUCAUUGUCACAAUUGAACAGCAUCUCUGAACAGCAAGCAAAGGAACUAGCCGCAAUAAAACCGGAGAAGAUUGACCUUCAAGAAAGAGUGAGAAGUCUUCAGUCGAACCUUGACAGCACUUACAAGGAAUUAACCGAAUUACGUAAGACUAAUGCUAUUGCUGAGAGUGCAGCUGAAGAAGCAGCUCUUUAUGCUAAACAGAAUACAAGGGACGAGUUAAAGAGAGAAUUGGAAGAGCAACGACUCCAAUUAGAGAAAGACAAGGAUGCUCUUCUUAUGCAAGUGAAUGAGUUAAGGAUGACUCUGGGCAGGAAUGAGCAGCAGGUAACUUGGAGAGAAGAGCAACUGAGACAAGAGAUAUCCGACUUACAUCAAAGACUCCAAGAUUCAGAGUCAAGGAAUCAAGAGCUCUCAGAUACAAUAUCAAACGCAACUCGUCCAUUAUUAAGACAGAUUGAACACCUCCAGUCCGCCCACUCGGCUCAAGUUAAUAACUGGGAAAAGGUUGAGAGUAGCCUUACACAACGCAUUGUUGAUUGUCAGAACCAGAUGAAUGCAGCCGUUGAAAAAGAGCGAGCAGCUGUUGAGAAAGAAAUGCUGAUCCAGAGCAGAGUCGGAGGAUUAGAGGCACAAGUACAUUCGCUGCGUCAGGAGAAGGCGCAACUAGUGGCGUCAUUUGAAAUGGAGAAAACAAAACUGGAUACACUUGAAGAGACUUACCAAAGAGAAGUUUCAAGACACGAAGCCGUCAGGUCUUCACUGCAGCAGAAUGUAGAAGAACUGAAGAAAGAAAAAGAGAGGAUGGAACAUCAGUUGGAAUAUGAGAGGGCAAGGCUUGAAGCAGAGAGCAAAAAGGCCACACUAGAGUUUCAAGAAAAGGAGAAGCUAAGGAACCAGUUGGCAGUUACACUCACUCAUCCAAUCACAUCAUCACUGAACACAACUCAAAGGAUUGAAUCGAUGGAAAGGUCGAUAUCAACUUCAAGUGAAACGACUCUCUUUGGAGAGAGCUCUUCUUCAUUUAGUGGCAGCUCUCUCUCUGUACUGGAGCAACUGCAGUCAUCAUUGAAGCAAAAAGAAGGCGAACUCUCCAAUUCUCAAUUAAUGGUAGCGUCACUGGAGAGAUCAAGAGCUUCACUGACUCAAGAACUAGCGACAGUCUCGGAGAGAAAUGAGGUCCUGGAACAAAAAGUGAAGAUGAUCCCCGACCUUCAGCAGAAAUUAAAAGAGAUGUCACAGAAGCAUGAGGCUUUGCUUCAGAUGUUUGGAGAGAAGGCAGAGGAAACAGAGGAGCUGAGAAUGGACAUUGAAGACUUGAAAACAAUGUACAGGCAGCAAAUUGAAGAUCUCAUUUCGAAAAACCAGCAGCACAAAAUGUACUGAAGCUUGAAGAAGAUCAAGCUAUCAUCACACAAUACUUGAUUACUUUACAUAAUAAUUAUUUUUCAAUGCAUUAAGUAUGCAAAGGACUUUGCAAAAUGAGCUAUA